AGCAAAAUAGCUCGUGAUUCAGAUCCGGUGAAAUUCGAAGAAUAUGAUAUAAUUUUAAAAGUUGGAGAGUGCUUAGAGGAACGCGUCAAACAAAGAACUGAAAGAAAUAAAGAUGAUCAACCUUUCUCCUUUAGUGGACAGUCUUUGGAGGAUAUUAGAGGCAAAAGUACUGGAGUAGGAUCUGCAGUUUCAUUCAGUGAUGAUGAGGAUGCCUCUAUGCUCUCCGCCUCAAAGUCUACUGCUGGAAAAGGAAAGAAAGAGUCAUCUCAAUCUUUUAGAUCCUCUCGUGAAGCUUCUGAAGUUGGCAAGACCUCUUCAAGGGGAAGGGGUAGGGGUAGAGGCAGAGGAAGGGCAUCCAAUAGCUUGAAGCAGACAACCCUUGAUGCAUCUCUGGGAUUCCGUCAGUCACAGAGAUCUGCAUCAAUUGCCGCAUCUGCGUCAGUGCGAAGUAUUGCCGCAGAUGAUGAGAAUGUGGAAUCUCCUUCAAGUGAUGAAGAUGCCAAACAGGACACUAACAUUAUUGACGAAAGCUCAGAUGAUGAUAAGACAGUUCAGGCCAAAGGACGCAAAAGGGCUGCUCCAAGGGGAAGGGGUAGAGGUUCAGCAACAGCGGCUAAAAGGGGAAGAAAACCAGAUAGCUCCUCAUCUUCACUUCAAAGGAUGCUCAUGGAUGUUAAUAUAGAUGAUGAUGAUGAUGACAUGACAAAGAAAGAGAAAAGACCUCAACCUCGGGCAACUAGGAAUUAUGGUGCUUUAAGGAGGUGACCGUAACUGGAACUUCUGAUACCAUUUGUUCCAUUCAGGGAUGUUGAUUAUGAUGACCAAAUUUGCGUAGUGAGUUGUAAAUACACUAGUAAGUUACAGAGUGUUUUCGGUUUCAAUUGCAGUGGUUUUUUGUAUUUGUCAUUGUUGAUAUGCGAGAGUAGGUCUCGUUUCUUUGAAGUAUACAUUGAUAUACCGAUGGCUUCAAAAUCUAAUCCAAUUUGGACAUCCAUUUGCUUUAAUGAACAA